AUGUACAGAAGCGUAAAGACACCAUCAUUGGCAAGAGCAUUCCACACGGCGUUGCGUCUCCAGAACGCGCCGCCGAAGUCGCCACUCCAGGUGUUCACGGAGACGUUUAGACAAGAGUGGAAGAAGUCGAAAGAGUUGCAAGAGGGCAUCAAGGCUCUUUCCGAUGAGACUGGUAAGCUGGGAGAGUCCGAUGCGUUCAAGAAGGCCAGGGAGGCGUACAAGAAUGCGCAGAAGCACACGACUGUUCUGAGCAGAACCAUGAAGGACACUGGUGAGGUUAUCGAGAAAGUUGCUGUUGAUGUGUGGGACUCCAAGGCUGGUAAGUUCACCAGAAAGACGUUUGAGCGCACUGCAGAAGGUGUUGACAGUGUCAUUGCCCCAGUGAGAGAAACAAAGAUCUACAAGGACAUGAGCGAGUCCCUCAGUGAUGGCUCUUCGCUAUCCUACGGUGGGUUUGAGUCCAAGGAAGAGAGAAGGGCAAGAAGAGAGAGAGAACUGGCAUCGGGAAAGAGACCAAAGGCUGUCAAGGCAAGCGAAGAUGCCGGCUCAGCGCUUGUUGCAACAGAGCACAAGGCCACUGGCGACGGUCUGAACUUGGGUAAGAAGAUUGAAGACUUCCAAACAAAGACUGCGGUGGGAAAGGCCACCAGUGACUUCAAGCUGAAGUACUGGGAUGAAUCUGAAAACCCAUUGAUUGUACUAAUCAGAACGAUCUUUGAGAAGAUUGGCGGCGUGUUUGCAGAGACAGAGUCUGCCCAAGUUGUCAGAUUGUUUAGACAGCUGGAUCCAUCUUUCAACACUGAAGAUUUCACCAAACAACUCCGUGAAUACAUCAUUCCUGAAGUCCUUGACGCCUACGUCAAAGGUGAUGAAAAAGUGUUGAAGCAGUGGUUCUCCGAGGCACCUUUCAACGUGUAUGCUGCUCAGCAGAAGGUGUUCCGUGAUCAGGAGCUGUUUUCUGACUCCAAGAUCUUGGACAUCAGAGGUGUUGAGAUUGUCAGUGCAAAGAUGCUCCCAUCAAACAUCCCAGUGUUAGUUGUUGGAUGUAGAGCACAAGAAAUCCAGCUGUACAGAAAGGCCAAGACCGGUGAGAUUGCUGCUGGUACUGAGUCCAACAUCGUGAUGAGCUCCUACGCCAUGGUCCUCACAAGAAUUGCUGAGAACGUUGAUGACAAGGAAACCGAAGGCUGGAAAGUGCUCGAAUUCGUUAGAGGAGGCUCUAGAGAGUUCCAUUGA